GCAAAAUGGCGGCUGAUGGAGAGGAAGAUUGAACUAGAGAGAAAACUUUUACCUCUAUGAUGGCCACACAGAAGCCCGGGGAGUGGGUUCAGUCUCUGAUAAACAGAUUUGAUGCACAGUUGCCGAUAAAAACAGGCCUGCACACAACCCAAGCAAUACAGAAUGUUGAACAAAACAAGGAAUGUUUGAUCAAUGUGUCAAGAUAUAAGUUCCGAGAAGUUAUAAAUGGUCUCACCAAAACUCUACAGUCUGUUAAUAAUACUAGAAUCAUUGGUCAGGAGGCAGAGCGUAACUAUUUUGAGUCCCAGCUUAUUAUUCUAGACACCCUGGUCAAAGUUCUCAACUCUCAACCAAAAGAUACAUCAAGACUGGAUGAGGCUAUCUAUGUUAAACUCCUGCUGCCAGAAAUAUGUAAGUUCCUGAACCUACAGUCAGACACGCCAUAUGUUCUACAGCUCAAGAGUUUGGCAUCGAAGGUCCUGUUUGCUCUCAGUCUUAAUGCCUUUAAUGCAGUCUUCAGCAGGAUAUCAGCUAGGUUGAUGACGUUGUCUACGUGUAGUGAAGAUCAGUCGGACUUGUCGGACCUUGAGCUGAUACAGCAUCUAAACGUGGAUGUUACACGACUCACCAAGCUACUCAGUGAUGUGGUGUCCAAGUUUCGUCUAGUGAAAUCCAAACAGGUUAUAUCUGCUUUGGCACAUAACCUUGAAAAGGCAAUAUGGAAUUGGAUGGACAACUACCCUGAGGAGUUCACAGACUUACAGAAACAACCUAAUGAAGAACUUCAAGAUUGUUGUGACAAGCUGUUUGAGCAGUACCUGUCCUACAUGGAAAACUCUACAAAGAGAAAGGCCUCUGUGUGGCCUUUUCAAAUGAUGCUGCUCAUUCUGUGUCCAAAAAUUUUGGAGGAGAUAAACAAUGCAGAUGGUGGAGCCCCUUGUUCACCCCAACAUCUUAAAAAGAAACAUUUUAUUGAUGAGGUGAAGAAGACAAUUGCAAACCAUCAUAGUUGUCAUAAAUCGUUGGCAGAGGGUGCGGCAGUCACAUGCGUUCGUCUGUGUAAGGCGUCUACAUACAUCAGCAUUCAUGAUAGACUCAACGUUCUCUUCAGUUUAGUGCAGUCUGUGAUAGGAGAUCUUAAGUCCUUGUUAUUCAACCCACCACCAAACAGUAAGACAUUUACCCGAGGUCAGAGUAUUGUGGGACAGGAUUUGGAUCUAUAUAUAGAUUGUUUUGUUUCGUGUUUUCGGAUCACCCCACACAAUAAUGAUGUUCUGAAGGUCUGUCUCAAUCCACACUCUCCUCCCAUAUAUCAUUUUGUGCUGGUCAAUGCAUUACACAGAAUUAUUACACAGCGACGUUUGGCAUGGUGGCCCAACAUCAGUAUAAUAUAUGGAAAGGCUGCAGAGUUACGUAACAUGUUUACAGAUACACUCAAUAAAGUUACCCAGGGAAUGGGCACACACACAACUCAAAAACCUACUGGGGUAGGAGGGCUGCCAUAUAGUUUAACGAGAAUCAGCAUACUGACCAAACCUACCAAUGAGACGAUGACCACCUACAGAUAUCUACUGCUGUGGAUAGUACGGCUGAUACACGCAGACCCUAAUCUUAUGUUACAUAACCAGGGUAAGCCAGGACACGAGAUACAAAGCAGUACACUGGAGUUAAUCAAUGGCCUUGUAUCAUUGGUGCAUCAACAAUGGAUGCCAGAGGAUGUGGCACAAGAGGCUAUGGAGGCAUUGUUGUGUUUACAUCAGCCGGUGAACAUAGAGUUAUGGAAUCCUGAGGCCCCUAUAAAUACAUUCUGGGAUGUCAACUCACAAGUAUUGUUCUCCAUCUCUCAGAAGUUGAUCCAACACCAGAUUAUUAACUACACAGAAAUCUUGAAGUGGUUACAGGAGAUUCUGGUAUGCCGUAACAGCUUCCUGCAGAAACACAGUUCUAAUGCGAAUGUAGGCAGUAACAUACCUGUCUGUAAACAGGCUCAUAUCAAAUUAGAGGUUGUGUUUUUCAUGUACCUGUGGAGUAUUGAUAUAGACGCUGUGUUGACGGCAAUGUCGUGUUUCCACCUCCUGUGUGAGGAGGCUGAGAUACGAUGUGGGGUAGAUGAGAUGGCCGUAACGCAGUUACUGCCCAACUACAACGUUUACUCUGAGCUGGCUGCAGCUGCUACUGUUCUUACUACAGGUCGGGCUGCCUUGCAGAAGAGAAUCAUGGCUUUAUUGAGAAAAAUCGACCAGUCAACGCCAGGCACAUCACAGGCAUGGGACGACACUUUCCGAAACUGGGGUGUAGUCACAAGUUACCUGGAGGCAUACCCGAAGGACCACAAAGUGAAGAUAGAGGAUAAUGCAGUAACCCUCGAGGCAAUAAGACUGAGACGUAAACCUUCACACCAUGCGAAUACUGAACAUGAACUUGAGGACCAGUUAAAUGAGUGGGCCAAUAUGACGGGGUUCCUGUGUGCUCUAGGUGGAGUCAGGUUACAGAGCAAGGUUCAUAGAGCAAGUGCUACAUGUCUAGCUCUGGACACAAGGAAAGGCAGCCUGAUGCAGAGCUGUGCCACUACAGACUCACAGUACUGUCCUGUUACACAGUUUAUCAGCAACUUGUUGAAGCUGUUGGUGUGUCAGAAUGAGAAGUUUGGUGCUCAGAUUCAGAAGCAUGUGAAGGAACUUGUAGGUCACGAGCUCAAUUCUGCUCUCUAUCCUAUACUCUUCGACCAAAUCAAAAUCUGUGUGGACAAGUACUUUGAUCCAUCUGGUCAGGUUAUAGUGACAGACCUGAGCACACAGUUUAUAGAGAAUGUGAUAUUUAUAAUGAAGAACAUCUUGGAGAUGAAGCCUGACCAGCCUUGUGAACAUCUUGGUGUAGCCAGUAUAGAACAACUCAUGUUGGCUGUUGUCAGAUAUGUUAGACAUCUAGACUCCACAGUUCAUGCUAUACAGAUCAAGAUUAAAUUGUGUCAACUGGUGGAAGCUAUGAUGUUGAGAAGGGAUGACUUGACAUUUAGACAGGAAAUGAAAUUCCGCAACAAACUUGUGGAAUAUCUAACAGACUGGAUUAUGGGAAAUUCUCACCAAGUUAACAUCCAGGGCGACAUCUGCAGUAUGUCAAGGAAACAUAAAGAGGGAAUGUCAAGGUCGUCAAGUGGGCUUCAGCGGUAUCUUCACAACAACCCCACCCAGGGGCAGGGCUCCUCUAAAGGCUCCGCCCCAACAGUCAACCAUCAACCUGUGUUCUUCCUUACCCAGCCUGCUGUAGUAGACCUGGAUCAGGCCAGUAUGGAGGCUGUGGCAGCACUCUUAGCAGGUCUGCCGUUACAGCCGGAGGAGAGUGAUCGUGGUGAUCUCAUGGAGGCGAAAUCUCAACUCUUUCUUAAGUAUUUGACACUGUUCAUGAACCUGUUGAAUGAUUGUUCCGAGGAGGAGCAGGACAAAGCUAUGGACCCAAAUCGUAAACGCAGUACAUCCAAUCUAAGCGCUUUAAGAAACUGUACAGUUCAGGCUAUGUCCAACCUACUGAAUGCAAACAUUGACAGCGGAUUGAUGCAUUCAAUUGCAUUGGGCUACCACAAGGACCCACAGACUCGUGCAGCGUUCAUGGAGGUAUUGACCAAAAUCUUACAACAAGGUACAGAGUUUGAGACCCUGGCAGAGACAGCGCUGGCAGACAGGUUCGAAAGGCUGGUAGAACUGGUGACUAUGAUAGGAGAUAAAGGAGAACUGCCGAUAGCUAUGGCACUGGCUACUGUAGUACCUACCUCACAAAUGGACGAGUUGGCAAGAGUGUUCGUGAAUUUGUUUGAUGCGAAACAUUUGCUGUAUCAACUACUUUGGAAUAUGUUCUCUAAAGAGGUUGAGAUAGCAGACUGUAUGCAGACAUUGUUCAGAGGGAAUAGUCUUGCUAGCAAGAUAAUGGCAUACUGUUUCCGUUUCUAUGGGCUCGGAUAUCUACGGGAACUACUCAACCCGCUGAUUAUGGAGAUGUUUCAAAAGGAACACAGCUGCCAACAGAUUUCAUUUGAAGUGGAUCCUGCCAGAUUAGAGACAGGAGAAAAUAUAGAAGAAAAUAAGAAGAAUUUGACGAUCAUCACUCAGAAAGUGUUCAAUGCCAUAGUGGGGUCUGCUCACAAGUUCCCGUCGAAACUUCGCAGUAUGUGUCACUGUUUGUUUCACGUAGUCAAUCAGCGUUUUCAACAAAGUACCGGGGAGGCGGUGUGGACUGUGAUAGGAACAGUGAUAUUUUUGCGCUUCAUAAAUCCGGCUAUAGUUUCGCCAUAUGAAUCAGGCAUAAUAGAUGUAGAAGCUACACCAAAGAUAAAACGUGGAUUAACGUUGAUGUGCAAAAUCAUGCAGAAUAUUGCCAAUCAUUUGCUGUUUACCAAAGAAAAUCACAUGAGAGGCUUCAAUGAUAUUCUAAAAGCCAACUUUGAAGCUGGUAGAAGGUUUUUCACUGAGAUUGCCUCUGAUGUUGAUAUACCAGAUACCGGCAACCAUAGUCUGUCUUUCAUUAACGAUGCGAAUGUCUUAGCUCUACACAGACUCCUGUGGAACAACCAGGAAAAGAUCGGAGAUUAUCUCUCCAGCAGUAGAGAUCACAAAGCUGUAGGGCGUCGGCCAUUUGACAAGAUGGCAACAUUACUGGCUUAUCUAGGACCACCAGAACAUAGACCUUUAGACUCACAAUUGUCCAUGACCAAAAUCCACCUGCUGGCAGACUCGAGAUGGAGUUCUAUGGACAUGACGAGUACCAAGUUUGAAGAGAUUAUGUCCAAGCACAACAUGCAUGAGAAGGAUGAGUUUAAGUCCCUGAAAAACCUGCACAUUUUCUACCAAGCUGGCACGAGUCGAGCAGGAAAUCCGGUGUUCUAUUACAUAGCCAGGAGAUACAAAGUUGGUGAAAUCAAUGGAGACCUGUUGAUUUACCAUGUGUUGUUGACCCUGAAGCCAUAUUACAACAAACCAUUUGAACUUGCCAUAGACUUCACUCACACUUGUGCUGAAAACAGAUUUAGGACUGAUUUUUUGUCAAAGUGGUUUGUGGUGAUGCCGGAGGUGGUAUACCAGAAUAUCGUGGCCACCUAUAUAUACAACUGUAACUCCUGGGUUAGAGAAUAUACAAAGUUUCAUGAUAGAAUACUCACUCCACUAAAGGGUAACAGAAAGCUUGUGUUCAUUGACCAUCCAGCAAGAUUAAAUGAAUAUAUAGAUUUAGAUCAUCAAAAACUACCUGGCUCUACUGUAGCACUAGAGGAAGAUCUGAAAAUAUCAAAUAAUGCUCUCAAACUCUCACAUAAAGAUACAAAAGUCACAAUAAAGGUUGGACCAAAUGCCAUACAGAUAACAUCAGCUGAGAAGAGCAAGGUGUUGGGACACCAGGUGUUACUCAAUGAUGUCUACUAUGCCUCAGAAAUAGAGGAGGUAUGUUUGGUAGAUGAUAACCAGUUCACAUUAACCAUUUCCAAUGAGACUGGUCCCCUGUCUUUCAUCCACAAUGACUGUGACAAUAUUGUACAUGAUAUUAUCCACAUACGUACACGCUGGGAGCUAUCUCAGCCAGACACAGUCACUGUUCAUACCAAGAUACGGCCCAAGGAUGUGCCGGGCACGUUGCUGAAUGUUGCACUCCUCAACCUGGGCAGUUCAGAUCCAAGUCUCAGAUCGGCUGCAUACAACCUGCUGUGUGCUCUCACCCAGACUUUUGACCUGAAGAUUGAAGGCCAGCUGUUGGAGACCACAGGUUUAUGUAUACCAGCCAACAACACCAUAUUUAUCAAGUCAAUCAGUGAGACAUUGGCAGCCAAUGAGCCACAUCUUACACUAGAAUUCCUUGAAGAAUGUAUACAGGGCUUUGGAAACUCUAAUAUAGAACUGAAACAUUUGUGUCUGGAGUAUAUAACGCCAUGGUUACCUAACCUCACAAGGUUUUGCCGGCAUACAGAUGAAAACAAGCGGCAGAAAGUGGCCCUGAUUCUGGACAAGCUCAUCACCAUGACGAUAGAGGAAGUAGAGAUGUACCCUUCAAUACAAGCAAAGAUCUGGGGAAAUAUUGGUCAAGUGGCAGAUCUUCUCGAUAUGGUGUUAGACAGUUUUAUCAAGCGCAGUGUGACAGGAGGGCUGGGUUCGAUACAGGCAGAGAUCAUGGCAGAUACCGCUGUGGCUCUCACAUCAGCUAAUGUACAACUUGUCUCCCGGAAGGUCAUUGGAAGAUUGUGUCGGUUGAUAGACAAGACAUGUACAUCACCAACCCCAACCUUAGAGCAACAUCUGAUGUGGGAUGAUAUUGCUAUCUUGGCGAGAUACCUUCUCAUGUUGUCUUUCAAUAACUCACUUGAUGUUGCCAGUCAUUUGCCAUUCCUGUUUCAUAUUGUUACGUUACUGGUUUGCACGGGUCCACUGUCGUUACGUGCAUCAACACAUGGUCUAGUCAUCAAUAUAAUCCAUUCCUUGUGCACGUGUUCACAACUCCAGUUCUCUGAAAAUACUCUGAAAGUGUUGAAGAUGAGCUUGGCAGAAUUCUCGCUGCCCAAGUUUUACCAGUUGUUUGGUAUCAGCAAGGUGAAAUCAGCGGCAGUGAGUGCAUUCAGGACCAGUUUCAGACCCGGUGACAGAUCUUUUACUAUGUCCCCACCAGAGCAUGAGAAGAUGCCCCUGUGUUCAUUAGAAACCAUUGUUGAUGCUCUGCUAGAGAUUAUGGAGGCGUGUAAUAAGGAUAUUCGUAAUUGCGAUUGGCUUCAACAGUGGACAGAUUUAUCAAAGAGAUUUGCAUUCCAGUAUAACCCAGCACUUCAGCCCCGGGCAAUUAUAGUGUUUGGAUGUAUAAGUAAAUCGGUGACAGAUUCUGAGAUUAAACAAAUGUUGAAAAUACUCAUGAAGGCUUUAGAGUCAUUCCAAGAUUUGGUUCUUAUAGAAUCCAUAGUUAUGUGUUUGACAAGGCUACAACCCAUGCUGAGAGCUGAUUCCCCAAUCCACAAAUUUUUGUUCUGGGUGGCCAUUUCGGUGUUACAGUUGGAUGAGGUAUCUCUGUAUGCAGCGGGGUUGUCAUUGUUAGAGCAGAAUUUACACACACUGGAUAACAUUGGAAUCCUGGAAAAUGAUUCAUUAGAGCGGAUCAUGAUGGAGACUCGAGAUCCUCUACAGUGGCAUUUUAAACAGCUUGACCAUGCCAUGGGGCUCAGUUUCAAGGCCAACUUUAAUUUUGCUCUUGUUGGACACUUGUUAAAAGGAUUCCGACAUCCAAUCCAGACAACAGUUUCUCGUACCAUACGUGUUCUUCACCAUCUGUUGGCCAUCACAAGUAAACCUUUAGGGAGGGACAAGUUUGAAGUGAAUCCACAGACGGUGCCAUACCUUGCGGCGCUGGUGUCGGUAUCGGAGGAGGUACGGAGCAGGUGCCACUUGAAACAUCGUACCAGUCAGUACAUGAUGACUGAUUCUCCAUCUAGUGACAGCCUUAGUGCCGAAAUAUCCCAGACUGUGACAAAUACUGCAAACCCUGGUAUGACCUCGGCCCAGUCUAGUGUAUCUGUGGCAACUACGAGUAAUGGAACCAUGCCAUCUGCUACAAGUAUAUCCCAGGCCCAUAGUUCCAGUUCUGUGUCUACAGCAGCAUCGGCUUCAUCUGGGUCUACUACCAGCGUUGCUGCCACACACGCAACGCGGAUCUCCUGCUGCCACAGACCAGUGCAUAACCCACCCAACAACCUGCGCAAGCGGCGGAGCAAUGAUGCGCAAAAGACAUGUGGUCCACCGAUACAGAAUGCUGCUGCAAAUGUGGCUCAAAGUAACAGUUCUAAGGUGUGGCGAAGCCUGGACAAUGACACCAAUGCCGGAGCAGGGCAAGGGGCUGUAAUACCAACAAGACCACCUCUGUUCAAGACUCAGACCCGCAGCAUCUCCAUGCCUUUGCCGGGAACCAAAAACAUGGAAAAAGGGAAGUCACAAAGUCGGCCUGUAAGAGGCUCAGUAUCCAAUGAGAACAAUAUUCUACUAGACCCGGAAGUACUGACAGAUUAUCCAACGCAAGUCCUUGUGCUUACAGUACUGGCAACUCUAGUGAGGAAUACGACAGAUGAAAAUGAGGCACGUAUACUGUAUGAGUACCUAGCAGAGGCAUCAGUAGUGUUUCCUAAAGUGUUCCCUGUCAUCCACAGUCUAAUGGAUGCAAAGAUCAAUAACGUACUGAACCUUUGUCAUGACCAAGCGAUACUCAAUGCUGUACAGUGUAUCAUACAGAACAUGAUAGCGUGUGAGGACGCCUCGCAACAACAGCUCUCCUAUCUUAUGAGUAUUGGUUUUGGUGGUCUGUGGAGAUUUGCUGGGACAUUUACAAAGUCUCCACAAAGCAGUGACACAGCUGAACUGUUUGUCAACUGUUUAGAGGCAAUGAUGGUAGAAACUUGUCUCCCAGGUGAUGACCUUGACAUUCUCAACCCGUAUCCAAGCUCCCUUGGUAUCUCUUCAAAUCUGAACCUGUCAAGUUCCAUGUCAAGCCUCAGCGUGGGCAGCAUGCAUUCACCUACCGACAAAGAUAACGAUAAGAAUGGGGCCGGAGCUAACGGUGCACGUAUCCGACAUGGGUCGGCUAAUAACGUUUCAAGUAAAAAUAGAGCCGGAAGUUUCAAACGGAAGGACAGCAAAAAGAAGAUAGACAGCUUGGAUUAGUUGACUCUUGGUUCAAGAACAAUUUAAAGUGAUCUGAAUUUAGUUCACAAACAGACUUCUUUACAGACAAUUCACAUGAAUUAAUUGGAGUCUAACAAAGGUUUAUUGGAUCAUAGAUAUGUGAUAUUCUCAAAAUUUGUUAAGUUUUAUUAAUGAUUUUUUUUAAAGAUCAGCUGUAAAUUAUUGAGACAAUUUACUUUUGAUCAGUAUUAGUAUUUUCAAAUUAGUAGACUUUCACACACUAAACCCUCAGUAAUAAGUACUUAAAGUUAUGAAAUUGUGCUGGAAAUUUACAUUUUGCUUAUUUCUGCCUAUAAUGCAGAUUUUCUGUUAAAUAAUUGUGGAAAAUAUUUUACUAGAAUUUUAAUUGCAUAAACUACAAUCUAUCAAAAUGGAUGAAAGUAAUCUUGAAAAAAAGGGUUAAGGUCUCAGUUGACAUGCUGCAGGAAAGAAUACUGUAGUAGAUCCUUUCUUCUUUGAAGCAUUUUCACUGAACUUUCAUAUUUCUUACAGUUUUCACUUUGGAAGUGCUUUGGUUAUAUUCAGAAGUACCCUUUUCAGAUUUAAAUGAAGAUUGAUAAAAAUGAUAAUUAGGUAAGACAGCUGUAAAAAUAUACUUGACUCCCAUUAGGCUUCUUGUUAGCUCACCUGUCACAAAGUGACAAGGUGAGCUUUUGUGAUCGCGUGGCGUCCGUCGUCCGUGCGUCAGUGCGUGCGUGCGUGCGUAAACUUUUGCUUGUGACCACUCUAAAGGUCACAUUUUUCAAGGGACCUUUAUGAAAGUUGGUCAGAAUGUUCAUCUUGAUGAUAUCUAGGUCAAGUUCGAAACUGGGUCACAUGCGAUCAAAAACUAGGUCAGUAGAUCUAAAAAUAGAAAAACCUUGUGACCUCUCUAGAGGCCAUAUUUUUCAUGAGAUCUUCAUGAAAAUUUGUCAGAAUGUUCACCUUGAUGAUAUCUAGGUCAAGUUCGAAACUGGAUCACGUGGGGUCAAAAACUAGGUCAGUAGGUCUAAAAAUAGAAAAACCUUGUGACCUCUCUAGAGGCCAUAUUUCUCAAUGGAUCUUCAUGAAAAUUGGUCUGAACGUUCACCUUGAUGAUAUCUAGGUCAAGUUCGAAACUGGGUCACGUGCGGUCAAAAACUAGGUCAGUAGAUCUAAAAAUAGAAAAACCUUGUGACCUCUCUAGGGGCCAUAUUUUUCAUAAGAUCUUCAUGAAAAUUGGUCAGAAUGUUCACCUUGAUGAUAUCUAGGUCAAGUUCGAAACUGGGUCACGUGGGGUCAAAAACUAGGUCAGUAGAUCUAAAAAUAGAAAAACCUUGUGACCUCUCUAGAGGCCAUAUUUUUCAUGAGAUCUUCAUGAAAAUUGGUCAGAAUGUUCACCUUGAUGAUAUCUAGGUCAAGUUCGAAACUGGGUCACGUGGGGUCAAAAACUAGGUCAGUAGGUCUAAAAUAGAAAAACCUUGUGACCUCUCUAGAGGCCAUAUUUCUCAAUGGAUCUUCAUGAAAAUUGGUCAGAAUGUUCACCUUGAUGAUAUCUAGGUCAAGUUUGAAACUGGGUCACGUGCGAUCAAAAACUAGGUCAGUAGGUCUGAAAAUAGAAAAACUUUGUGACCUCUCUAGAGGCCAUAUUUUUCAUAGGAUCUUUAUGAAAAUUGGUCAGAAUGUUCACCUUGAUGAUAUCUAGGUCAGGUUCGAAACUUGGUCACGUGCGGUCAAUAACUAGGUCAGUAGAUCUAAAAAUAGAAAAACCUUGUGACCUCUCUAGAGGCCAUAUUUCUCAAUAGAUCUUGAUGAAGAUUGGUCAGAAUGUUCAUCUUGAUGAUAUCUAGGUUAAAUUCAAAACUGGGUCACGUGCGGUCAAAAACUAGGUCAGUAGGUCUAAAAAUAGAAAAUUCUUGUGACGUCUCUAGAGGCCAUAUUUCUCACUGGAUCUUCAUGAAAGUUGGUGCGAAUGUUCAGCUUGAUGAUAUCUAGGUCAAGUUCAUAACUGGGACAUGUGCGGUCAAAAACUAGGUCAGUAGGUCGAAAAAUAGAAAAACCUUGUGACCUCUCUAGAGGCCAUAUUUUUCACGAGAUCUUCAUGAAAAUUAGUGAGAAUGUUCACCUUGAUGAUAUCUAGGUCAAGUUUAAAAGUGGGUCACGUGCCUUCAAAAACUAGGUCAUUAGGUCAAAUAAUAGAAAAACCUUGUGACCUCUCUAGAGGUCAUAUUUUUCAAUGGAUCUUCAUGAAAAUUGGUCAGAAUUUUUUAUCUUUAUGAUAUCUAGGUCACAUAUGCUCAAAAACUAGGUCACUUUGUCAAAUAAUAGAAAUAACGACGUCAUACUCAGUUCAACACUGGGUCAUGUGGGGAUAGGUGAGCGAUUCAGGACCAUCAUGGUCCUCUUGUUUUCUAGAUUGAUCAUGUACUUGUAAAAGUCAUAUUUCUAACUUUUUUUUUUAACAUUCUGUUUUGAAAAGAUACAAAUGGAAAUAAUCGUGAAUGUCUAAAAAUUGUGUAGCAUUCUGAAAAUAGUCUGCUUCCUGUUCUGUGUUUUGUUUUUCUGUAAUACAGAAAUAAGAAGUCUUGUUUUGUAGAAAAACAUUUUUUCCCUUAUACAUAUGUAACUAAUGAAAAUUAGUUGAAGCUGGCAAAUAUUGUUAACCCUUACCCUGCUAUAUUUCUAUUGUGGACUUUUCCAUCUUUCAAUUUGGACAGUGCCGUUAACUGUUAAAAGGGGUGCUUAACAAAAAGAUACUUACUAAAUGGCGAACAGUGCAGAUCUUGAUCAGAACUGCAAGGAUGUGUAGGCUGAUCAUGAUCUACACUGGUCGCAAAGGCUGAAUCAUUCGUGUCCAGCAUGAUAAGGGUUAAAGUGUAAUAAAUAUUUUAUGAAUUUGUAUAUAUAUAUAUAUAUAUAUCAAAGGAACAGUUUCUAGUCCCGUAUUAUUAUUAUUCUGUGUAAAAUAUAUUGUUACGUUUAUUUAUUGCUUGCAUAAUUCUCAUCAAUACUUUCAUAUUAAAUUAUUACAUUUAGGUUUCAAACAACAAACAUGGUGAAAUAUUGGCAGAUUUUACCUCAAAACAUUGGCUCGUCUCUGUUCAAAAUGUGUUUUGACACUAUCACUAUUGACUUAUUUGUCCUCUAACUUUGAGAUGUAUCACAGUAGCUCAGAUUUCAGAGGAUUGUUGUAUUGACCUAUUAUGUUACCAGGUCAUGUGACAUGUGUUAGUUUGCUAGGUCACGUGACAUGAAGUUAUUCAAAUAUCAUGAACACUUAAUUCUCAAAAACCCUGUUUUUCAUAUCAAAUGACUGACGUUGCAUUUAUUCGCUCAAUUAUUUGAAAUUCUUUAAAUGGUAGAGCUUUUGUUGCCCCCUUUUAUUGAUGUUGGCAUCAGUGUCCACAUCACUUAAGUAUUGCAUGUGAGAAGGUUUCUCAAGAAGUACUAGACCAAAUGUUUUCUUACUUCACACAUGUAUUUCGCAUCAUGAGAUGACCUCUCAGGACAAGUUAUAUAGUUACUGGUUUUAUUUUGUUAGAAUUAUUCCCAUUUUUAAGGUAGAAAUUUUGUGAAAGUUACAGGUUAACACAUUUCUUGGGAACCACUAGACCAAAUGUUUUCAGGCUCUCUACACAUCUUUGCCAUCAUGAGAUAACAUAGUAUGACAAGUUUCGUAACUCUAGAGUUUUGAUAGAAUUAUUGCCCUUUUUUCAAAGCAUAUUUUAGAACUAUUCACAUUACAUCAUACAUUGUUUUAUUAAACUGCAAAUAUACAGAUUUUGUGUCUGUGUCUGCUAAUAUUUCCCAACCCAUUUUAUGAGAGAGAUUUAACAGUUCUAACAGAAUUUCACAUUAGAAACAAAAGGGCUUGUUGUCAUAGGAAAAUGCUAAGUAAAAGGCUGGGUGAGCCCUUAAUGUUCUGAUGUGACAAAUAUGCUGUAUCAGUCAAAUAUUUGUUGAGCUAAUGUCUACCCAAUACACUAAUGAACAAUUAGUCAAUUUGUUACAAUUCAAAGACUUACAACUAUAUGCGUUUCUGCGGUUCUGUCAAUGAUACAUUUUUGAGAACUUUGGAAAAAUAUUUAGCGCAUUUGUGUAUUUUUCCAAGGCAGGCAUAUCACUGAACCAGACUGCACGAAAGAGUCUAUGUUGGUUUUGUUACAACUUGUGAAUUACAUUUUAAACUUGGGAGUCAUUUCUUUUGAACAGGGGAAUUUACACCUGUUUUUGAUAAGAAAUGAGUCUGGUACUUAUUUUGUCAUACAUUAUUAUUUUUCGUACAUAUAUGUAACAUGCAUUGUCUUUCAGUUUUCGAUAUUUGAAUAUGUUGCAUAGUACAGUAUUUUUGUGACAAGUAUGUAAUAUUGUAAAGCUUUAUUAUAGAUAUAUAAAUGUAUAUGAUUUUAUCUUCAAAAUCCAUAAUGUAUAUCACAAAUUGUUAAUUAUUAAGAUUUUCAUUUGAAAAUUUUGAUAAAACCAUUGAAUGUUCA